AGGGCUCUCUGUUCGUCCGCCGCAGGGAAGAGAGGGCAGAGGGAGGGACAGAGGAACGAUGGCUGCCGGAGGAGCAGGAUGCGGGGAUACGGUAGAGGAAUAUCGGGCCGAGGUGGAGCGCCUGACCCGGGAGCUGGCGGAGGCCAACCGCGAGAAGAUACGGGCGGCGGAGUGCGGACUGGCGGUUCUGGAGGAGAACCAGAGCCUGAAGCAGCAGUACGCCGACCUGGAGGCCGAGCAGGAGGCGCUAAGGGUGGAGCUGGAGCAGCUGCAGGAGGUGGGGUCAGCAGGGGCAUUCGGCCAGGCAUACUCCACCCAGCGUAAGGUCGCAGAGGACGGGGAGAACAAUGAGGAGACACUGCUGCAGGAGUCUGCCACCAAGGAGGCCUACUUUAGGGGUCGUCUCCUGGAGCUCCAGUUGGAACUGAAUCACAGUCGAGUGGCUGCCUCCAGUGCACAGGCUGACAGCGAGCACCUGAGCAGCCUGCUGCAGGAGCUCAGGGAGAGCAAUGAGAUGUUGGAGCUACAGCGGACCCGAAUGCGAGAAGAGAUCAGAGAAUACAAAUUCAGAGAGUCACGGCUUCUCCAGGACUACACCGAGCUGGAGGAGGAGAACAUCUCUCUGCAGAAACUGGUGUCAACCCUUAAACAGAGUCAGGUGGAGUAUGAAGGCCUGAAACAUGAGAUCAAAGUUCUGGAGGAGGAGACAGAGCUGCUGACCAGCCAGUUACAGGAUGCACUGCGUUUGAAGGACAUCUCAGACGCCCAGCUGGAGGAGGCGCUGGAGUCUCUGAAGAGUGAGCGUGAGCAGAAGAACCACCUGCGAAGAGAACUUGUUCACCACCUCAGCAUGUGUGAUGUGGCCUACACUGGGAGUGCAAAUCUAAUAUUCUCCUCAGCACCGCCCAGUGGCACUGCUACCCCAACUACUCUGCUCUCCCCAAACACAGAGGAGCCAACAAGAUGUAACGGUCACCUUCAGAGUGGCUCAGGACCAGUGACGGCUGUGGGCUCAGCGCUCAGGGCUAAUGGAGAGUGCAGAAGGCAGUGUCUGAAAACUGAGGGGGCCGCCACAUCAGACCUACUUACUGAGAUGAACCUGACAGAGAUUCAGAAGCUCAAGCAGCAGCUGAUAGCGGUUGAACAUGAGAAAGCAGCACUGAUGACGAGCCUGCAGGAGUCCCAGACUCAGCUGCAGCACACCCAGGGGGCCCUAACUGAGCAGCACGAGAAGACCCUCCGCCUGAGCCAGAAAGUCUCUGCUCUCCGCUGUCUUCAUCGAAGGGUCAGCCAGGAGGCUUGUAGCAGUCCCACCUCUCAACUCAACUGUGAAAGUCUGCUGGUGCUGGAUAGAGACGAUGAGGCUGAGGAGGAAGGAGAAACUGCAGAGGAGAAGAGUAAAAGUCUGGUAUUUUCAUACCAAACUCCCAGUCUGGAGAUCUUGCAGUGCAAGUACCGUGUGGCUGUGACAGAGGUGGUGGAGCUCAAGGCAGAGUUAAAAGUGCUCCAUGAGAAGCUUGCUCAGUGUGUGGAGGGAGCUGUGGAGGAGAAGCCAAGGCAAAGGAGUCAGCUCCAGAAGCUGGAGAGGCAGGUUGCCUCUCUGGAAAAGAACUGCCGGGAGGGACGGGAUAAGAUUUGUAGCCUGGAGUUUGAAUUGCAGGCUGUUCAGUCAGCAGCCAAUGAGAGCCAAGGGGCACUGAACGCAGCUCAGGAUGAGCUGGUAACCCUGAGUGAGGAGCUCGCCCAGCUCUACCACCAUGUCUGCCUGUGCAACGAUGAGACGCCCAACCGUGUCAUGCUGGAUUACUACAGACAAGGCAGGGGCCUCAGGGGCCUUAGUUCUAGUCUCAAAGCCAUGUGUACAGACAACAGCAAAGUUCUUCUCACACCACGCCUAGCCAGACGGCUUGCUGCUGUUGCUUCAACAACCUCAACUCCAGGAGAGUCGCGGACGCCCUCGGAGUCUCCAUCCAAAGAGCCCUUACAUGGAGGGAGCCGAAGAGUGGAGAAAGAGGUCCUUCAGGUGCCAUCUGAGCAGAGCCUGCCACCUAGCACACCUCCAACCCGCUCACCUAGCAUCAGUGCCUCUUCAUCAUCAUCGUCAUCUUCAUCGCCAGCCAUGGAGCCUGCUGGUGAGCUGCGCAGGGAGCCCAUGAACAUCUACAACCUCAGCGCCAUCAUUAGAGACCAGGUGAAACACCUACAGCGGGCAGUGGACAGGUCACUGCAGCUGUCCAAACAGAGGACUGCAGCCCGGGAACUGGUUCCUCUCUUGGAUAAGGAUAAGGAAAGCUGCAUGGAGGAGAUCCUGAAGCUCAAAUCUUUACUCAGCACCAAGAGAGAGCAGAUAGCCACUCUUCGACUGGUGCUCAAGGCUAACAAACAGACAGCAGAAGUGGCUCUGGCCAACCUGAAGAGUAAGUAUGAGGCGGAGAAGUCCAUGGUGACCGACACCAUGACAAAGCUGAGGAACGAAUUAAAGGCCCUGAAGGAAGACGCCGCCACGUUCUCCUCUCUGCGAGCCAUGUUUGCUACCAGGUGUGAUGAGUAUGUGACCCAGCUGGAUGAGAUGCAGAGGCAGCUGGCUGCAGCCGAGGAUGAGAAGAAGACUCUGAACUCUCUCCUGCGGAUGGCCAUCCAGCAGAAACUGGCCCUCACCCAGCGUUUGGAGGACUUGGCCUUUGAUCAGGAGCAGUCCCAUCGCACCCGGGGGAGCAGGUUGACCCGUGGAAAAACCAGCACCCCCAAAGUAAGUCCCUCGACUUUGACUACAGCCUCCAAUCCUGCUCAAGGGUCCAGUCCAGCUUUGGCCCCUGGCAGCCUCCCUUCUAUCAGCCCCACACCAGCUCUUCGCAAUGAUCCCUCUGACCACCUUAGCCCAGCCACUGCGGAUCUGGCCUCAGCUACCACCUCCCUCACCUCGCACGCAUCCCCUCACAGUCCGUCAUUACCAUCGGUUGCCUCGCUGAGUGCCCCUCCAAUGCCAGGGAGCCCCCCUUCUCUGGAGCCCCCCUCGCCUCCUUCAGCACAGACCCCACCCUCAACCCCUCUGAGGGUUUCUCACUCCCAGUGGACGGUUGGGGUGCGGACGUUUGUGGUCGACUCCCCCAGUUUCAGCGCCAACAUCUCCCCUGCUCCCGCUCGCCCCUCAGGCCUAUCCAGGCACUGCACUCCACACACUCACACCCCUCCUCUCUCCCCCACUACCAGGCCCACCCAGCCAGGAUCUGCUCCCUCCUCUCCCUAUCGGUCCCCUGGUCUGGGUCUCAGACGGUCCACGUGGAGCCCCUCACCUCGAACUCGUCCCCUGCCCAGCAUGACACGCUCAUCCGUCCUUUACACUCCCUCCUCAUCCUCCCCUUACUCCUUCCCUUACUCCCCAUCUUCUUCCCACAGCUAUUCAUCUGCCUAUUACAGCUCCCCUUCUGCUUUUACCCCCUCUAGCUCCUACCUCACCUCUGGCACCUCCACUUCCUACAGCCAUUCCUCACACUACACGCCCCUCUACCCCAGAUUCUACAGCUCCUACAGGCCCCGGGAAUGACGCUGUACUGCAAGUCUGUCAAAGGCUACUGCACUGAGCUCCCCGUUUCUAACAAACUGCAGCCCCCAUAACGCUUCUCUUUUAUCACCUAAGAGGGGGCUCACAGAAAGGAGGACAGACUGGUUUCCCGUUUCCUGUGCCUAAGCCGUGGCCAGUGGGUUCUGAAUGUUCAGUGACUUUGCUCAGGGAUUAUAUGGAGCACAAACGUCCCCGCCUUCUUUUAUUCUGAGACUGCUGACUGGUUCACAGGACGACAUUAACGAAGACUUUCCAAAGUUUUUAGCAUUUAGAUGAAUCAGGUUGACUACACAUUGACUGGACACUUACAUGUUUAGAUGGGGCUCAUGACACAUGAAACACUGUACUCUGUAUUCAGUUUAAUACUCACAUUGAUUGGUAGUCUGUCUCAUAUCCUCUAAACCGACACAUUUUUGACACAGAGGAAGCAGUGUUUUUGCUGUGGGUCCUCUGUCCUAGACUACGGUGAAAAUCCUCAUGGCACAGAUAAUGAUGCAUAGCUUGAGCACUCAGUUACUCUCGUGGAGCCCACAGGUUGUGUGGACAAUUGUCUACAGCUGCUCGUUUUCAUUUCCUUCCCUCGCUGCAGGCCAGUGUACAUUCUUGGGACACUCCUCCCGUUGUGGUCUUCUUUGUCCAGGGUGUUGCCAUGAUAAAGCUCAUCCCUCAGUAUUUUUUGUUCAUCUCUAGCAACACCCAGUGUUCUUUUUUAUAUAUAGCCAUACACUCAGCUAUGCAUGUUCACUGUCCCUCCGCUUGCCUUUGAAAGGUCUGUGUAAUUGCAGUUGAAGGCUGUUUGGAAGGUUUGGGAUGGAGAAAAUCUUUUAAGAUGACCAGGAAGCUGGGAUGAGGGACCUUAAACUGUAUGAUCACCGUAUGAUCAGUUGAUACUAUAGUAUACCAACCGUACCAUCUCAUCUCAUGUGUUCUUGUAGCCAACACACAGUUUUCUGGUUAAGUUUUUUUCCCCAAAGAUUAGAGUUUUCGUUAAAAGGAAGAAAAAGUUUAAUAAUUUUAUUAGUUGAAGACGCCACACAUUUCUGAUUUUUCUUUUCUGCGCAGUACUCAAGGCUGCGUCAGGCUCUCCAACCCAUCAAAUUUCAGAUUUGCCUGAAACGAUUCAAAGGGAAAGAUACACUUCUGUGUGUUUCUUUUUGUCCAUUUUUGGUCAUUUUAGUAAAAGUCAUCACAUUUUGUGGCUAAAGAACGCAAUGAAGGAUGUUUUUCCUGCUGUGAAAUGUCAAAACUGCUCAAAUUUGACCUGAACAGUAUGUGAGGGUUAAACAAUAUGAAUUAUGUGCCUUGUAUACGAGAAAUGUACAGAAUACAGCAGCCCCCACCUUCAACACUGUGCUCUCUACAGGCCUCUAAAUCUGAUAGCAGAGACUGGACAUCCAAAUAUUUUAGAUUUUUCAAGGAUCCAUCAUUCCAAGACCAAUUUAUAGUCUUUACCAGAUAUUUACCCUAAAAAUGAAUAACCUAGCUUAAGUUAAUCAGUGUUCAUUCCUUUAAGGAUUUUUUUUUGAGGAAAUCCUUUUCUCUGCAUAUUCUUUUUAAGAAGCGCUGACCCAUGAACAUAAUCACAGAACACACUGCAUGUAUGGCAUGGAUAUAUAGGGAAGAGCACAUUAGCUAUUAACACAUUAGUUAGUAGAUCACUGUGUUGUUUUCUUGGAAAGCUACCAUAUCCUCCAGAACCAUCAUUGAAUUCUUUCAUGUAUUUAUUUUCCCUAAAAUCACUUUUUCUGUAAUAUGCUGUCAUAGACACUGAGCGGAAGUGAUUAAGCAUUACUCGGACUCACUCCUGUCAUGGUAGACUUGGUUGUAAUGGCAUGCCAACAGUGUAGCAUCUGUAAAAGAAUGAAUGAUUUCAGCAUAGCUGAGGGCUCACCUCACCAAAGUUAGUGAACCUGACAUAUGUUAUUCAGCCUGGCAUGAGUCAUCCUGGAGCUGGAUGACCUGUAGCAUCAUGGUGUGGUUUGAACUGGGAGAAGAGACUGCCUAAACCGAGUGAGUGAGUGAAAAGAAAUACGCUUGUUAAUCAAGGUUGAUAUCUGUUUUGAAACUGGCCUCUUGUGUAACCACUUCUUGAUUGACAGAUGAUGUGAAGCUUCUUGUGAUGUGAGUCUACUGACAGUUAUUUUGAAAGAUGCUUGACGGGCCUUAAAAAUUCUGUUACACCUGAUAUCUCAGCAGGAACCAGCUGCACGGUACUUACAGUUUAGCCUGCUCUGGCAGCUUGCCUUCACCUGGACACAAACAGAUAAUGUGCUUCCUUUUACAUGUUACUCCUCCUGUACCUCAGGCUAAAAUGCUGUUCUUUACGUAUUUGUCUUUGGCUUGGAUUACUUUUAGUCAUAAUACUUUUUUUGGUCUGGAUACUGUUCGUGAAAAAAAUCUGGAGCCAAAAUGAUCAACUUUGUGUGGCCUGUCACUUGCUUUUUAGAUUUAAUUGAUACUAAAAACAGUCAGAAACAUAAAUAAAUAAAUAAACGAUU